GCGAUGCUGAAUGCCAAGAUGGCUGACACUAUGGAGGAGUAUGAGAAAGACGCUGGCUGCGUCCCGAUCCUGCACCCCGAGGAAAUCAAGACGCAGAGCCAUUAUAACCAUGGUUACAGCAGUGAAUCUCUCAGUCGUAAAAACCACAUCGAUGACUAUAGCACAUGGGACAUCGUCAAAGCCACCCAGUAUGGAAUUUAUGAACGCUGCAGAGAGCUGGUGGAAGCCGGCUAUGAUGUUCGACAGCCUGACAAAGAAAAUGUUACACUACUUCACUGGGCUGCCAUCAACAAUAGGAUAGACCUGGUGAAGUUCUACAUAUCGAAAGGCGCUAUUGUUGAUCAGCUUGGAGGCGAUUUAAAUUCUACCCCACUUCAUUGGGCAACAAGACAGGGACAUCUGUCCAUGGUUGUUCAACUCAUGAAAUAUGGUGCUGACCCUUCGCUCAUUGAUGGAGAAGGCUGUAGUUGUAUUCACCUUGCUGCUCAGUUUGGACACACGUCUAUUGUUGCAUAUCUCAUAGCAAAGGGACAGGAUGUAGAUAUGAUGGAUCAAAAUGGAAUGACCCCAUUAAUGUGGGCAGCUUACAGAACGCACAGUGUGGAUCCCACCAGGCUGCUCCUUACCUUUAAUGUAUCUAUUAACCUUGGGGAUAAGUACCACAAGAACACUGCACUGCACUGGGCCGUGCUAGCAGGAAACACUACUGUCAUCAGCUUGCUACUGGAUGCAGGCGCUAACGUUGAUGCCCAAAAUAUAAAGGGAGAAUCACCACUCGAUCUAGCAAAGCAAAGAAAAAAUGUUUGGAUGAUCAACCAUUUGCAAGAGGCAAGACAAGCCAAAGGAUAUGACAAUCCCUCAUUCAUCAAAAAACUAAAGGCAGAUAAGGAGUUUCGUCAGAAGGUCAUGCUGGGAACACCAUUUCUGGUGAUUUGGCUGGUUGGUUUUAUUGCUGACCUUGACAUAGACUCCUGGCUGAUCAAAGGCCUCAUGUACGGUGGUGUUUGGGCAGUGGUACAGUUUCUGUCAAAGUCUUUCUUUGAUCACUCGAUGCAUAGUGCUCUGCCACUUGGGAUUUACCUUGCGACCAAAUUCUGGAUGUAUGUCACCUGGUUCUUCUGGUUUUGGAAUGAUCUGAACUUUUUGUUCAUUCAUCUCCCAUUCCUGGCAAACAGUGUUGCUCUAUUUUACAAUUUUGGGAAAUCCUGGAAAUCUGAUCCUGGCAUUAUUAAGGCCACAGAAGAACAAAAGAAAAAGACAAUAGUAGAACUUGCUGAAACAGGCAGCCUGGAUCUGAGUAUAUUCUGCAGUACCUGUUUGAUAAGAAAGCCAGUGAGGUCCAAGCAUUGUGGCAUCUGUAACCGGUGUAUAGCGAAGUUUGACCACCAUUGCCCUUGGGUUGGUAACUGUGUGGGUGCGGGCAACCAUCGUUAUUUCAUGGGGUAUCUUUUCUUCUUGCUAUGUAUGAUAUGUUGGAUGAUUUAUGGAUGCAUCUCCUAUUGGGGAAUACACUGUGAUACAACGUAUGCUAAAGAUGGAUUUUGGACAUACAUCACACAAAUUGCCACUUGUUCACCGUGGAUGUUCUGGAUGUUCCUGAACAGUGUAUUCCAUUUGAUGUGGGUGGCGGUAUUACUCAUGUGUCAAAUGUACCAGAUUUCCUGCUUGGGCAUUACUACAAAUGAACGCAUGAAUGCAAGAAGAUAUAAGCACUUUAAAGUCACUACCACAUCCAUUGAAAGCCCCUUCAAUCACGGAUGUAUCAGAAAUAUUAUAGACUUCUUUGAAUUCAGAUGCUGUGGCCUCUUCCGCCCAGUAACCGUGGACUGGACAAGGCAGUAUACCAUAGAAUAUGAACAAUCUUCAGGCUCAGGAUACCAACUGGUGUAGCCUACACAUGCCCACCACUCUAUGACAUGUUGCUCUCUCCGAGUGGUGCCUGAAAAUGUCUAAUUGUCUCUUGCGAAAAAAAAAAAUUGCCCCUUGAACUGUAGCAUGCUGUUUGUAGGGCUAAUGAUGAAUCUUACAGUACCUUCUCUCUGUCAGCAUUUUAUCAAUGGGAGUAAUUGUGGAUGGGACCUAUAACCCACACCGAUUAAAGAGAAAGAAGAUGGAAAAUGGAUUUUAACAGAUCCUAGCUUUGGGAUUAUUUUGAACAGUGAAUCUGAAAUCUGUGUUGCUUUUUUUGGGGGGGAUUAUUUAUUUGACAUCAUUCACGACACAGCAUGCCGUUGCGCUUUUGACAUCGUUCAAUCCUGUCCUUCAGAGAAAUCUAUUCAUUGCCUCUCCCCCCCCUCCCACCCCCCUCCUUUCUGAAUAAAUACCGUGGAGUGAGGCUUUGUAGUACAUGACCAUAAUCCCUAAUACGGGCAAGGCUUGGUCUAAAAUACUGUGGCAUUUUAUUCUUGUAAUGUGAUCUUCCACAGUUGUGCUCUGUUUUUGUGUCAUUGAAAAUGUGAAUCUUGAUACUAAGCUUAAAAAUUCACAGUUUAUUUUUUUUGUUUAUUUUCAUUGUUUUUUUUGUUUUUUUUAGCUUUAUUUAUAUUGUCCAGCUGGUAUGUUGGGUUACGUUGAUGAGAUGGGCUCACUAGGGUAAUGUUUUCAACUGAAUGUACGUUUUCUACAUUUUAUAACCAUCAGCUGUUGCUAUCUGCUUCUGGAGCUACUCAAGUGUUGUUUUAACGCCUUUUUCUGUAGUCCAGCAGUUUAACGCGGGUACUAUUCUGAAAGGUAUGAGUGCAUGCUAUUGACGGAGGAAAUGCUUAUGGAGAAAUACAAAAAUAAGUUGUUUGGUAAUUAACUUUGGGCUGAAAGGGAUCCUGUAAUCCGUACUCGGAUCUGGAGUAUAGCUUUGCUUCAAAUUACCGGGAUAGCACUGAACUUGCAGAGCCAAGGACACACAGCAGGUUCAUUGUUUUGAGAACCUUGAUGUUAUGCACAAAUGGUAUACUGUUAAAAAGUAAACCCUUUUAGAACACAAGUAUAUUCCACAAAAAAACUACUUUGUAAUGCUGGUAUUUUUACCAUUUUCACUGUUGUUAGUAAGUGUGCUUUGGUCACCCAAGUCCUUCAAUCACAAAUAGGGUUAGUGCAAGUAAUUGGUGUUUUAACUUCAGACAUUUCUGUCCAAACAUGUGAAGAUCAUACGUGUUGGCUGUUGGUCUAGCCAGCCGAUCUCUUUAUGUUGUGUGAAGAUCAAAAACAAAUCAUAAUAUCCAGACACAUCUAAAUUAUGUAAUCCCUGCUCAGUAAUUCAUACUCUAUUGAAAGCUAAUUCUUUACACAAGUGUUUUUCUGGAAGUAAAAAGCUCAAUGGCAACAUUAUUUGCAAAUGAAAUCUUUUCUGAUAAUCGUUCUAUUACUGAAUAUAAAUCUGUUUUCAUUUUUGGCUCUAUGACUUUGUACUUUGCAAGUCUGGCACUACUUAUAUUUUACUUUAUGGUAGGGGCAAAAUCAGGCAUUUCAACAGUAUAUAUUUACCCAAUAUGCAUUUUAUGGAAUUAAUAGGUAUGAGUUUUUCCUAAAAAGUUUUUUUGGCAAUAUUUAAGUAACUGAUCCAAGAUUUAUGUCAAACUGACCAGAGGCUUUCAAAUGUAGGCCAAUAUACCCAAGUGGGGGGAAAUAGCAGAAAUAGAAAGGUUUUCUGGUUUGGCUGUGUUUGCAAUGCUUUUGUCAAUUCUCCAUAAUGCCUAGGCGUUGUUGAAUACAUGCCAGUAUCUUUAUUUUAGUCAAUAAUAAUGAAUUUAAAAAUACAGCAGUUCUGGUAAUUUGGCCUUCAGUUUAGUCUGUGUAUUACAUGACACUGCAGUAUAAUGCUACCAUGGCUGGCUAUAACAUUUGAUUUUGUGCUAAUGAAUACUAAUCCAUCUUAUGGUCCAUAGAACCCUUGGGUGCCUUUUUAUAGGAAAGCUUGGAACAAAUUGCAUAGAUCUCAUCCUUUUCUUUUCUUUUUUUUUUUUUUUUUUCUUUUUUUAUUUUACUAUUACGUCUUAUUGUUUAUUGAUUGCACUGGCCACUUGUCUUGUGUUAAUUUUAUUGAAUAGCCCUGCAAAUGUUAAAUGGCUCAGAAAUUGAGCCUUUUUUUUUAUUAUGUUUUAGUAUUUAUUACUUGUCUUCCUUUCAGUACGUUAAAUAAUACAUUAUAAACAAACUAGAUUUAAAAGUUCAAAUACGAACGAAUAGCUCAAAUAAAGCAGGGAAAAUGCUUCUUAGAUCUACAUUUUUUUUGAUCUUAGAACUGAUUCCUACAUUUAAUUUUUCCCAUUGCUUUGAUUUUGGCAUAGGGUCUGCUGGGUUUGGAAGUCGUAUUAAUUUGUAUUUGUGGACGCUUUGGAAGUUCGCUAAGACACAUUUCUCUGUAUAGAUAAUUUAUCUCUUUAUUUUAUUUUUAUUUUUUUUCUGUUGUCGUAUAUUAGUGUAUUUAAUAAAAGCUGAUUUUGUUGUCAUUCCAUCCACUAAAAAUGUAUAUCUAUUGGGCCUUAUCCUGCUAGCCUAUUUUGUGAUGUGCACUCCUGCUAUCAAUCUGUACGCUGUUCAGCAAACAUAUGCUGCAUGAUUAAUGCUUGGCUACCAUAGGAUUUGUCUAAUGCACCCAUUAACCCCUUAAGGACCAAACUUCUGGAAUAAAAGGGAAUCAUGACAUGUCACACAUGUCAUGUGUUCUUAAGGGGUUAAAGUCAUUAUUUUUAUACCCCCUUCUGUCUUUGUAGAACGAGUUAUAUCAAUGUAAAUAAUAGAUCAGUAUUUAAGAACAAAUUUUUUUGUAUGUACAUUUCUUUUGACCCUUAAUUUGCAGUCCCCAUAUUUAUCUAGUUUUCUUGCAAAAUCAAUUUUUCUCCUUAGUGGAAUUGUUCUCGUCUUCUGGCUUAUAGUCAAUAAAGUUGUAUAACGUGUCUCAAUAGUCCUAGAUUUGACAGGAUAGUCCAUGUUCAAAGGUCCUGACUUGCCAUCCAGAUGAAUGACAACCGGGAAAUGUCUAUAGAAAGCACAGUAGGCACAUCAGUAGAGGUGCAAUGUUAAAUACGGUGAGGGCAUUAAAUGUGUAUUGUGUGCUGUACGUAGGGCUGGAUAGAGUGGUUUGUCAGUCUGGCUUGCAAGACCCUUUGUGGCUCCAGUCCCAAAUCCAUAGCUACCUACACAUGGGGUGUUAAAAUGCUGCCCUCCCCAGCUCUCGUUGAAUUACAUCACCCAUAAUUCUAUUCUAGCCUGUGGCUAGAUAAUUAUCAGAGGUGUAAUGAAAACACUGACUGUGCUUCUACAGUUCUAUGCCCCUACACUAUACAUUCCCAGUUUGUUCUACGUUAUGUGGAACUAAAAUAUUUCUGAAUGUUUGUUUUUUGUGUGUGUGUUUUGUUUUUCCAUUAUCCUGUUAGUAAAUCAGAGGUUUGUACAAUAUGGCAUGCCAAAAUAUCACUAGCACACUGCUUGCCGUGACUUUUAAAGAAGUCGAUUUGUACGUCAUUAAGUGUUCCAGGCAGGUGUAGGUGCUCUCUCCUACAUCAAUGUUUUAUAGGAGUUAAUUUCUUUAUAGCGACUCUGUCAGGUUUGUUUAAUUUUCCUAAUGCACCUCUUUGCCACUUUCUUUAUUAUUUUUCUUCCUUGCUCCAGAUCUUAAUGCCCGAUGUUUUCUCCUUUUGUGGGAUUGUUUUGACUGAUGGAUUGUGGAUAAAUUAGGUUAGCAAUUUAAAUGAAACUUUGCUUAAGCUCCAUUCCCAAUAUGUUCUAAAGCCCAUACUCCCCAUGAGCAAAAGAAGUUCUUUUGUCUUAUUUUAAUUUUAUUUUUUUGUUAUACAUAAGGAGAAUAAGAGGGACAAAAAAAAACAAGCCACUUUUACAUUUCACAGCUAUACCCUUGUUACCUCAGAAAUAUCUUGUCUCUCCAAAAUUACAAAUUAAAAUAGAGAAUGUUAAUUACUUUUAGGGUCUGAUAAUUAUCUUAACUUGGUUAUUGUAGCAUGUCCUACUUUCAUUUUGCUGCGCAGCUUUGUCACCAACCUCUUGUCCUCCUCCAAUCUAAAAUCAGGUAAUGAGUAUCAUUCUGUUAUUUAGCACCCUUAUCUAGAUUGCUUUACGAUGCUGGCAAUUAGUUAUAUAGCUAGGGUUAGAGACAGUAAUAUAUUGUCACAAUAAUAGCAGAGAACCUUGUUCUGUGUGCUAGAAUCUCACAAAUAGUAAAGCCAUGACCUAAGAUGCCCUGUUCACUUACAAUCUAGAAAUGCUAGAAAUGACAAUAGAAUUUCACAUUUUAUGUCUAAAUAGCUCAGCUGGGAAGAAUAAGUUGGAUCAUUUUUCAGUUUUGGCUACUUUGACCUAAUAUUUCCACUUCUGCAGGCUUUCCCCAAUUCUGGUUUUGUGAAAAAACUCUGGUCUGUUUUAUGCUUUAGAUAUCUGCCAGUUUCUAGCAAAUUAGUCUGUUAAAUAAAAUGUACAAUUAGUGAAAAAUAGGACAAAAAAAAAAAACCUGCAUUUUUGAGGCUAGCAAUUUUGACUUUAGAAGAUCAUGUUCACAUGCUUUUUGUAAGCUAGUGGUGAUGAUGUAAUAUAAUAAAAAACAACAAUCAAAUGUUGUGGAAUGUCAAUUCUGCCCAGUGAUCUCAGAGUACCAAAAGGCAUGGCUUUCUGUUAAGCAAUUGUGCGUACACUUUUCAAAUAUGGCUGAUCUUACAAAAUGUAGUACAUAUAUAAAAAAAACACAACCUUUUUCUAGUUAAAAAUCACAGUAUUCAGACUUCGAAAAGUGAUUUGGAAAUUCAACAUUGUCCAGGAUUUUAUUUCAUUCAUACGUACUAAAAACCACAUUGUUUUGUUUGUUUACCUGUGUUUGAUUUUUAUUCUAGCUGUACAUUUUUUUAUGUUUUCAACUAUUUGCACAUAAAUGCUAUUGUCUAUUCUUGUUCCUAACUAUAGAUUUUUUUAUUUUAUGAAAUAAAUGGAACUAAACAGUUUAGACGAUAUUUAUAUAAAUAUAUAUGCACUGAUAAUCUGUAUCGAUAGUCGUCUGCCCUCAAGCAGUACCUAUUAUACUAGGAGAAAAGGGCGCUAGCUUUUCAAGGAAAACAUAUCUGGAAUUAAAAUGUGUUUAAGAAAGCUAACCUAGUUAGGAAAGUGCUGUAUGUGAUGGGGUUUAACUAGGUUCUCUUUUUUUAUGUUUGUUCCAAAAUUCUGACUUUUGCCUCAUGAUUUCCAAUUGUGCGCCAACCUUCAGAAUACUGCAAUACAGCAUUGUCCUGUUUAAAGCUAUUCAAUUUGUAUGUAUUUUUUCAUUUUGUAUUUAUUUAACUGUGCCAAGUAUUAUUUUACUACUGUCUGAGUCUUGAUGUACUACAUUGUGAGCGACCGAAAUUGUACAUUUUCAUAAUUUAGCUCUCCUCACAUAAGUUAAUGCCAUCAAAUUUUUGUAAGUUAUUAAUCAAAUAAAUAUUGACAAUUCGGUGUA